CUGACCAGACGCUCCAAUUUCACCCGGGAACUGACCACAUCUUCCUGUUUCACCUGGUUCUGACGGGGUGAAACCGGCUUUGAACGGGUUGUCCCGUCACUGAACCAGUGACUGGAGAAUUCCCUCCCCCUCCCCCUCCCCUCCAGCUGCCGUUGGACGUGGACAAGGAGACUAGUUGGAUCCCAGUUCCCGAGAAGGUCUAAGUCCCCAGCAAUGGCCAGCGGUGAGAUUUAUGGUCCCACCAGCUGUCCCAAACCCUGGUCCCUGUCCAACGCCCAGAUGGAGGGGCUGGAGGGUGCCUGGGACUCCAACGGGACCAACUUCGAGAACUUCUCCAUCGAUCGCCUCCGGGACUUGCUCGAGUCGGCGCGACACAGCACGGAGACUCAGAACCUCGCCGUCAAAGCGUUCCUGGCGUUGGCUUACUCCGUUAUCAUUGGCCUCGCUAUCUUCGGCAAUCUCCUGGUGUGUCAGACCGUCCUGAAGAACAAGAGGACCGUCACGACCACCAGCCUCUUCCUCCUUAACCUGGCCGUAGCUGAUCUCCUCAUCACCCUCCUCAACAGCCCCUUCACUCUGGUCCGUUUCGUGAACAGCAGCUGGGUCUUUGGGACGACCAUGUGUCACAUCAGCCGGUUCUCCCAGUACUGCUCUCUGCACGUUUCGGCACUGACUCUAACAGCGAUAGCACUGGAUCGGUACCAGGCUAUUGUACACCCUUUAAAGCCUCGUAUGUCCCUCUCCAAAGGAAUUAUCUGUAUCACUAUCAUCUGGAUACUGGCUUCCUGUUUUUCUUUGCCUCAUGCCAUUUACCAGAAGUUGUUUCGCUUUGUGUACAGGGAGAAGACCGUCCGGAGCCUUUGUGUCCCUGCUUUCCCGAAGCCGUCUGACAUGUUCUGGAAGUACUUGGACCUCACCACCUUCGGGCUGCUCUACGCCCUGCCGCUGUUGGUGAUCACCGUGGCCUACUCCGCCGUGGGCAAGAAGCUGUGGCUGCGGAGUGCCAUAGGGGCCGUCACGGUCGAGCAAUCGGUUGCGCAGCGCGGCAGGAAGAAGAAGGCCAUCAAGAUGAUGGUGCUGGUGGUGGUAGUCUUCGCCAUCUGUUGGCUCCCCCUCAACUGCUACGUAAUCCUGCUCUCCAGCCAGCUCAUCCGGGCCAACAACGCCCUGUACUUUGCCUUCCACUGGCUGGCCGUGAGCAGCACCUGCUGCAACCCCUUCAUCUACUGCUGGCUGGACGACAGGUUCCGCGGGGAGCUCAGGGCCCUCCUCGGCAAGUGCGGGCGAGCAAGGAGUGGGGCAGGCAAGGUGGUGGCCGUCGCUGCGCCCGGCAGGCCGAUUCGGAGGGCUUGGUUGGAGGACCAACCUGGCCCAUCCACGGCGGGCGGGAGGUCUGGGUUUCGAGGGCUCAGGGGCAGCGACAGAGAGGUGAGUGAACCUCUCGCCUUGCGUCAAACUCCUGGUGUUGAGUAG